AUGCUUCUCAAUUCUCUCGUCAUCAGCAUUGCAAGCCUCUCCGGGGUCUUGGCUACUCCUACCGCUGGUCGCAUCGUUGCGAGGUCUUUCGAAGACUAUGAUAUCGAGGACUUCCAAUGGGAGGUGCCAGCCUUUCCCUCUGGGCCAGCCCUGGUACUGAACGGGUCAAUUGAACAGGUUUACCAACAGCUCCUGGAAGUAAACCCCAACUAUGACACGGACUUUCCGCUGGUUUCUAUGAAGGAGGAGACUCGGUGGACGAAGACGAGACCGAUGCCUGCCUCACAAGACUGUGGCAACAACGGUCCGGAGCGUGUUGCCGGUCAGGUCUUCCACAACACCAACUGGAAUGUCAUUGUGCGCCAUGACGGAGAAAACUGCGGAAGAGUUGGUUAA